AUGUCUACACAGGAAGCUCCUCCGCCAUCAUUCCCCAGUGCCAACCAGAGACUACACUCGACUGCAGAGGUCACGUGGAAGACAUUCAAAGAGUGUGUCAAAGGAGAGGUCAAGUAUGUAUGCGAAGACUACAAAACAAUGCAGGACAUGAACGAACACGUGGGUGAGAAGUUGCGCAACACCUCAGAUAGUUUCAACAAGAUUGGCUCACAGAUGCAGACUUUGAAUCGGAAGUCUGAAGAAAUUGAGGCAUAUUUGAAAGAAGUAGACACGAUAUGCGAGAAAAUUGACAAAUUAGAUCACUUAGCGACCGGUCUUGAUACCUAUACAAGGACUUUAGAAGCUAGAUAUAAAUCUCUGCUAAAACAAAGUUAA